UCUAAGCUCCACAAUGCAAAUUAUAUUGUACGAAUUGUAAAAAAGUAAAAUAAAUGACAAAUGAUUGAAAGACAGCAAAAUGCCCUUGAAGAUGUUGCAGUGAAUAGUCAACUGCACAGCAGGAGACUGGAGCACCUAAGAGAGCACCAGGAAUGAAAAAGUAACUACUAACUAAUUAUCAAGUUUUGGAAAUGAAAAUGGUACAGGUUACAACUGUAUUCACAAGUGCAUUUACAAACACUGCUGUUCAAAGCCAAACUCUUCAAAACAGCACACUGGACAUGCUAAGAGAUAAAACAUUGCAUACAGCCUUACCUGUGAUAUAUCUAUUCAUUUUCAUCAUAAGCACGCCGCUCAAUCUGCUAAGUUUUUGGUUACUGGUGUGUGACACAAAACCAAAGAGUCCAACAAUCAUUUUUGCCUGUAACUUGGCACUAACAGAUGUUUUAUAUAGUGUGAUGCUUCCUUUCCAAGCUCUAUACCAUAUGAAUAAAAACAACUGGAUAUUUGGGGGCGCAUUCUGCAGGCUCAGCACCAUUUUGUUCUUUGGAAACAUGCAUUGCUCCAUUUUGACAAUGACUUUUAUAAGUUUUGAGCGAUACCUGGGCAUUGUACAUCCUAUACAUACAACUCACCUAAGGACAGUCAGAAUUGCAGCACUGACAUGCAUCUUUAUUUGGCUAUUUGUUCUAGCCGUCCAUAUUCCACUUAUGAUCAAUGAUCUCACAUUCAAUGUUACAGCUUUAAACAUUACAACAUGUUUUGAUGUGUUGCCAAAGACAAUGUUCCCAAGAAAAAUAUAUUUCUAUAUUUAUUAUAUCUUUCAGUUUGUUGUAUUUUUUCUUCUACCAUGCAUCAUUAUAGUAUGCUGCUAUAUUUCAGUAAUUAAGGUCCUGCUUAAGAACUAUGGGACUGAGCAGAGGAACAUAAAGAAGCAGACCAUUUACUUAAUAAUAGUUGUCCUCAUUGUCUUUCUCAUAUGCUAUUUGCCUAAUACAGUACUGCAUAUAUCUCACAUUAUUUACAGCAUUAAAGGGAAGACUCUGUACGUUGCUUACAAACUUUCUCUUGCAAUGAACAGUUUGAACUGUUGUUUGGAUCCUUUUGUCUACUAUUUUGGUGCCAAAGAAUUCAGGAGGAAAGUAAAGCUGAAACUAUUCAAAUGUUUAAAUGAUAGCACUGGGGACUUGAGCACAAGUCCUUUAACAGACCAAGGACAUACUCCAAUAGCCUUACAUGAACAUAGGCAAGGUAUAUAGUGACAAAGAAUGAGUCCUGAGUCUCUAUUUCAAUUUCAGCAUAUUAAAUGCCUUUAUAAGACAACAUGAGCAUGUCUUUUCUCUGAAAUGUGAAGGUACCAGGUAUGGCCUGAUGUUUGAAGAAG